CAUCAUACUCCAUUCGGUUCGAUUCUUGCUUGCACCAAAUCCAAUCCCACUCCCACUCUCAUCGUCAAUCGAGCGAGUGACACCGACAGAGCUCCAUCCCCAUCUCUCUCCCUCUCUGGACCAACAACGACAAGAAGAAGAAGAAGAAGCUGGGCAGCAGCAAUGGCGGGCGUCGGUCGCAACAUGGUGGCGCCGCUGCUGGUGCUGAACCUCAUCAUGUACAUCAUCGUCAUCGGGUUCGCGAGCUGGAACCUCAACCACUUCAUCAACGGCCUCACCAACCGCCCCGGCGUCGGCGGCAACGGCGCCACCUUCUACUUCCUCGUCUUCGCCAUCCUGGCCGGCGUCGUCGGCGCCGCGUCCAAGCUCGCCGGCGUGCACCACGUCCGCACCUGGCGCGGCGACAGCCUCGCCACCUCCGCGUCCUCUUCGCUGGUGGCCUGGGCCAUCACCGCAUUGGCGUUCGGGCUGGCGUGCAAGGAGGUCCACAUCGGCGGCUACCGCGGGUGGCGGCUCCGCGUGCUGGAGGCGUUCGUCAUCAUCCUCGCCUUCACGCAGCUGCUCUACGUGCUUGCUCUCCACUCCGGGCUCUUCGGGAACCAGUUCGGUGACCAUGCUGGCGGUGGUGGGUAUCCGGCGGAGCACGGCGGAUAUGGCGCCGGCGACCCGCACAACAAGGGCAUGGCCACCGGCGGCGUCGCCAGGGUCUGAAGAAUCGGAUAGAUGAUCUCGCCGUGGCAGCGACGGGUGGAUAAUAAAUUGUACUGUGCUAGUACGUA